UAUUUCGUGUGAAGCCUGGGUUAUUACAGUCUAGCUUGCUAUUUUCGUUGCUCUCUGCUGUCACUGAGAAAAAAGGUAAUGAUACCACAUUACUUCAAAUUAAGGUUUUGACGAAUAAUCCACUGGCCAAAAGCCACCUAAAGCGGAACAUGAACGUUAUUUUCAUCUUUGGAGAUUCGAAAUAACGUCAGCAUUACCACUGAUGAUUCGAUGACAUGGAAAAGUGGCUUUUGUUAUAAACAAAAAAAAUUUUCGUCGUAUGGCCGUGCUGCGUCGAAGAGGCAGAUCUAUUUGAUUCAAUGCAGCGUUUUCAGGGUAAUUUUGCUUAUAUUCCUACCAUUCAAUAUAGGCACAGAAACUGACAAAAAUAGAUAUCGUCUUCAAGCCAACUGCACCUUUAGAAUUCAUUUUGCUUCAUAUACAGUCAUACAGCUGUCAGCUUGGGUUGGCACUUCGAAAUGAAAUUGGAAAAGCUUGAAAAUGUUGCAACUAAAGCAGAACUGCCAAACUCUACUGUACGAAAUUAGCGAUCGGUGAACUUUAAAGAAUGUCGGAAAUACAUUCUGUAACCGAGGAGGAACAUGUAGAUUGCGUAAAAAGUGCGAACUUCAGUGAACUGGACUUAAACAGCGACCCUCUUAAGACAAAAAAGAAAGUUCAAUUUUCAUGGCCAUUGGAAUAUUGGAGGGAAUUUGACAAGGAGACGGGAGAGGUUUAUGAACUAAAGGAUGAAACGAAGCAAGAAACAACUGAUUCAUCGCCAGACCCGUCUGACAAUAUUGAAACAAAAAACAAAAAUGUUCCAGACUUAAAGAGUGACCAAAUACCUGGUUGCAAGAACAGUGCUAAGACUCAAAGUAUAAAUGACGUAUUUCAAGUUUUACAGAAACGAAAUUACAAGAAAACGAAUACAUUCAAACAGACAAGGGAUAAACGGAAUAAUCCAGAAUGCAAAAAUUCUGUCAAUAAACGAAAUUUGACCACAUUUCCGUCCACUUCUUUACACACGAAACAGCUGAAACCAAGCAGUUUGUUUUGCAAAGUGUCAAGCUGCUCAAAGCUGGCACACAAAGGAGAAUUCACGCUUUAUCUUCGAAGUAAGGAGCGUUCGCUCAUACAAGAUCACUGCAAUUACUCAUUUUCGAGUUCCCUCGGCAUGUUGACAAGGGUAAAAGUACCUUCAUUGCCUUUGGUUUGUACGGGUCGGAAAUUGUACGAUGAGCGGCUUCUACCAGUUGCAGAACGGAAAAAAAAAAAUUGCUCGCCGGUUUACACUUCGAAAAAUAACAAUGGGCUGCCACCACUGAGCUGCGGAAAGUUAGCGACCCCAGAUAUUGUACAACUCUUUGACUAGCUAGCUUUAAAAAAGUUAUUGAGUUUUCACUAUUGUUAAACACGUUUUGGACACGAUGUUAGUUAGUAGAUUCGCUAGAGGACGAAAACCACAUCAGUAUUUAUUUUGCCAGUACACUGCGAAAAAUAAUGUUCAGCAUUAGUCGGGAGAGAAAUCCCAGCUGCAUAGGAUGUAUUUGAAGUCUUCGUGACCUGUGGGGAAACGAGGGAACCAAACGUGUUGAGUGAAAAUAAGUAGCUCUGGGCACAAGAAUGUCUUAAAUCGAAACUUGCAUAAACUCAGUACAGCAGCCAUAGACGCAUAUCAUGUAGCGUAAUGUUAGAUUAAAAUACGAUAAAAUUGUUA